CUCUUUCUCUCUUUCUUUCUCUCUCUCUCUCUCUCUCUCUCUCUCUCUGGCAGAUGUGUCGAAGAAUGAACGGACACACCCAGUCAAACAUGUCUGGCUGAGGCACGUCCAGGGAGGGAGGCCAGAGGCUACUGAGUAAAAGGAGGGAGUGGCUGACUGAGGAAAAGAAAAGCGAGUAACAAGUUUUACUUCACCCACACCUGAUAGCAGGUCUCGUGCUACAAGAGGACGACGGAAGAGUUCGGAAGACUUCUGAAGAGGAAAAGAGGAAACGGAGCAAAGAGGAAAAAUGAAAGACGCAGCGAAAAGAAGAAGCGGAGAGCAGAAACAAACGGAUACCUCUCAGCAAAUCAAUGGCAAAAGGCCUGGAGGAGGCAUUAAGGAAGAUGAUGGGAUGCUUUCAGUGAAGGUCCAAGGGGCAGGGGUUGAUGCUUUUGAGAUACAGGUUAAUGGCUUCUGGCUGGUCCAGGAUGCAAUACUGACCAUUCUAGGUAGAGAGGAUGUGGCCCCCCGUACAUCCCUUGCUCUUGCCCUUUCGGGUGUAACCCUUGAUCCCUUCACUGAGCUCCAGAGCAUCAAAGGCUUUAAAGCAGGUGUCACCCUCCGACUAAUAGAAGAGCCAUACUCUCCACGAUCAGCACGAGCUCAUCUGGCUCGUGUCGAUGAGCUGCUGAGAGCUGCCAGCCCCCAGGACGCUCUGCGAGAGGGCAGAUCACCCAGCAUACUCAACACACUCACACACACACCCGAGCUCCCUCCUGCUGGUCACUCAGCAAAGGGCAAAAGAGCUAACAAUAGGACUGAGCAGCCCAAUGAAGCUCCUCCACCUCCUGACUACAUCCUACCCGGGGCCACAGAGCUCCCCCCGCUGGCCACACUUCUACCCUCCAGCACAUACACUGAGGCUCCCAGAUGCCUGGUAGACCUGUCACUCAGCUGUUGGAACCCUCCCCCUGGCUCAAGGAAACUGCAGGGUGACUUUCUGUAUAUUAGCGUUCAGACUCUGGAAGGAAAACACUGUGAUCUCACUUCCUCCCCACGAGGAUUUUACCUGAACAGGUCCACUCUAGAUGCGUUUGAUCCUCGACCUGCCCCGUCCACUCCAGUUUGUCACUGUCUGACUGACCUCCUGUCCCAGCUCAGCCCACAGUUUAAGCACAACUUUAGUGCACUCCGACACAGGCCCACCCUGCCUACUGAAGAGUCCAUGUCCACUCCUUACCCUACUCUGAGCUGGCUGGGAGGCACUGCACUCCACUCUCACAAAAUCAACUACAGCUGCAGACUGGGCCUGGAGCAGGGCCUUAAUACACAGGCCCCAGACUGGAAUGAAGAAAUCCAGGCAGCAAGAGAUCUACCACAAACCACAUUAGAAGAGAGACUUCAAAGAGACAAAGCCUUACUACAGGUAAAUAGUGCCUUUGUGUGGGCUGUAGCCCAGGGUGCUGAAAAAGUGAUUGACGGGUUUGUUGACCCAAUCAACAGUUGCAACGACAACCCAGCCUUUCUGUGGGGUGGCUUAUUUCUGAGUAUGGGUGGGCCAGGGCAGGAGGGGCUGGGCGGUGAGCGAGGUCGCAGGGCAGCGCAAAGACUUGAACUGAGAUCCAUCCAAGCUUACAGUGAUUUAGAGGGCGACUUACAGGCACUCCAUACUCUCCCUACUGCUCUGGCGGAAUACAGAGGGUUACGGCUUUCUGCUCAGGGCCUGGCCCCUGGCCUGCAGGGUCCCGAUCAGCCUGGAGUGUCCAGGGGUCUCCUGUAUGGCUUCAACAUCGGGCCACUGGAGAAUCCCGCACGAAGGAAGCUCCUGGAGCUUCUGGCACAAGCAGCAAAGGCCCUGAGCCUGCAAAGGCACUCGGUUCAGGGGCCCAGUGGCUACCAGCUGCCCCUGUUCACCUCCACGGAUGCCCAGGGCCUGCUGGGAGCAGACGGUCGCUAUUACAUACUGGAUGUGUUUCGUACCAUGCCUGCUGAUGCCAACUUCAACAUAGUAGAGGGGGAGGAGGGUGAAGAGGAUGGUGUUUCUAGACGCUUCCCCCAUGGUCUGUGUCGCCUACGGCCGGAGCUAGUCAAGGCUUUCAUACAACUCAAGCAUUCUCAAUUCACAAAGCGUGUGAGAGAACGGAUGGAGGAGAAUGGAGGAGUGGAAGAGUGUGUAAAAGCUGGCGAUUCUCGAGGCACAGAAGCAGUGAGAGGUGCUUGUAAAGAUGUCGGCUCAGUCAGUGACCUCAUCUUUGAGAUGCGUUUCAACCCCAACAUCUUUUCUCCAGAUGUGCAGUUUCCCAGUUCAGAGAGUAGUGCUGUGUCCUUACAGGAGACAUUACUGAAAGAGGCUGCUGCAUUCAUUGUCAAUGACCAGAUACCAGCAUUUGUAAAUGACUGUUUACAAGGAACUGAGAUUCCUAUAGAUGGAGCUACACUGCGGCAUGCCCUUCAUCAGAAAGGCAUAAACCUCAGAUAUUUGGGUCACUUAAUAUCUUCCACCAGCCAGUCAGAGCACAAGGACCGACUGCGGCAUAUCACGAGACUGGCAUAUGGAGAGAUUGUAGUGCGUUGUGCUCGAAGGAUCUUCAGUGGGUACAUACAGGGAGUGGAGCUGGCGAGCCUAUCAGCUGCUGCAAGUCACUUCCUCUGCUGCUUAGUGGUACCACACUUCAACCCUGCCUCAAAUGGAGAGGAAUCUAAGAAGCGCUCCAGGAGGCGUGGCCAUAAAGGAGGAGGAACUGCUGACAGUAUUGCAUGGAGCAGUCUCAGUGGGAAUGAACUGUGGAGCCUCAUUUGCCAGGAUGCUCUAGAGACCUAUGGCCUUAAACAGGGACUGGGGUCGAAUGUUGACUACCUGGUUGAGCAAUAUGGUAUCCAGAGGCUAUCCUUGUUACGGGAGAUCUGCCUAAAAACUGGCAUACAGCUGCGGCUAAGAGACUAUGUCCUUGACAACCGCAACAAAGCCCCAAUCACUGCAGACGAUGUGCUUAAUCUCCUGCCCGUGGUCAAGCACCUCACCAUGACGACGACUGAUGCUUCACAAGCAUUCCAGGCAGCUCAGAACAGCCUUCAGAAAGGGUUGCUUGAGCAGGCGUACGACCAGUUGAAAGAGGCGGCAUAUUUGUUUGGCCGUGUAUGUGACGAUCUUCAUCCUGAGGCCUGCCACUGUCUCAGUACACUGGCAAGAGUGGCCUAUCUGCAGGGCCACCCUGCUGAGGCUCGCAGUGUGCAAUUGAGGGUAGUCGUCAUCAGUGAGAGAGUGCUGGGCUUUGACCACCCAAAUACCAUUCAACAAUAUGCUUUGUUGGCAGUGUACAUGUUUGCUGGAGGAGAGACUGCUUUGGCGUUGCGUUGUAUGUAUCGAGCUAAAUUGCUCAUGCUGACAGUACAUGGCGAGGAUCACCCCUACACAGCAGUCCUGGAUAGUUCUCUGGGCUUAAUGCUGCAGGGGGAACAGUCCCUGCAGUAUCUGCAGAAUGCACUGAAACUCAGCACCUCUUUCAGAGGGGCCAUGGACCUGACGACUGCCCUGAAUCACCAUCUGAUGGCUCAGCGGAUGUGUGUAGCAGGAGAUUACAGGGGAGGCAUGACUCAAGAGAAAGAGGCGCACAACAUUUUCCAGAGCCAGUGUGGUGAGAAUCAUCCCCAGACCAAAUGCAGUUCUGACUUUCUGAAAGCCAUUACCCAGCAGGCAGUGCGUGUGGAACGAUCCAUACGUCAGGGAGGGGCAGAGCUCACAGACUCGAGCACACCUGAGAGUUUGGCUCCCACUGCUGAGACCACACUGGAGCAGUUGGCUCUGGUAAAUGGCAUCCUGAAGACUUCUUAUAGCAUGAGGAUUAUGGAGUUCAAAGAGAAGCUGAAAGAGAGGAGGGCUGCUGAGGAGGCUGAGAAGGCCAAGGCGGAGUCUUCAAUUGAGGUCAAGGUUGAUGAGGAAGCCACAGUCAGUGUAAAGCAGACUGAAGAGGUGAAUGAAACGAGGGAGGAGAGUCAACAGGAAGAUUCAGGCGUUCUCGAAGAGAAAGCUGAACAUUCAAAAACUGGUGAGGUGGAGUCUCACUUGAAAAAUGGAGAUGCAUCGACUGAAAAUGAGCAAGAUGCAGAAAGUUCAACUGAUCAAUCAGAAAUCCCUUUAACCAACACUGUCUCGGCUAAGAACCAAUCAGAGUCAAAAGAGGUUAUUAUGACAGCAAAAGACACAUUAGAGCCAGCUUUGGUUAACGGAGAAGAGAGCAAAGUCACGGAAGAAAUAAUGACUGUGGAGAAACAGGCUGUAACAGAGACUCCAGCACAGAACUGAGACAACUGCAACUGUAGACAUGCACUACAUAUAAUCACCAUUAGGUAUGAAACUAAACAAGGUGACACUAAAUCUAACACACAAGAACAGGAGGACAUCAAAAACAUUACAUGCUGACCAAAUUAAACAUGGUAUUAGAAUUCUGGUGUAUGGCUUCUGUCUGCAGAACCAGACUCCUCUGUAGUCAUGUUUCUUUGAUUUACCACAUUAUACUCACUCCCUUUACAGUAACAGCUUCCCUUUGGGGGAAAAAAAGCGCAAAAAACAAACUUUUUUACAAUUUUUAUAGCAGAAAAUGAAUAUGCAAAAUAAACACUCAUUAUUCCCAACACUA